AUGAUCAUUGGUCAAGCAACUAUAGGUGUAGAAAUUGCCACAGGGAUUACGAAUAAUGAUGUAGUGAUAUUACCUUCAACAAUCGAAGAAUGUAGUUUAACAGCCAGUAUUGCAAUAGCUAUUAAAGAAAUGCAGCCGGCCGCAACAAUUAUUAUGGUCAAACCUGAAGUUUGUAAUGUUUUCGACAAAAACAUUAAAUUCGUUAGGGGAUACAACUUGUGCCAGAGAGAAUUAAGAUUUCCUACUGUGCAAUAUGAAUGGUAUCAAGCUUCUACACCUGAACCGAUCGUUGAUGAGACUUAUCGAGUAACUAAUCAAUCAAUUGCUCUUGCGGCUAAAAUUCUAGAAGAAACGAAAUGCUACAUUGAUUAUAAUACAGCGAUUGGUUUAGCUUCGAUUAUAAAUGGUCAAUUAAACCAUCUGCAUGGAAAAAGAGUGGUAAUACCUGUGUUUGGCGAAAUGGAUUCGGAUUACAUAGUGCCAAAUCAAUUGCUACUUAAUUGUGCUGAUUCCUCGAGUGUUACUAACAGUCCUUCUAAAGUCGACCCGCUAUCUAUACAACUGAUAUGA